AUGACAGCAGAAGACAGCGGGAAUUACCAAUGCUUCGUGCAAACUGAAGGUGGAGAUGGUGAUGCUUCUUUCACGGUGGUAGUACUUGAGCAAGCUCCUCCAUACGAAGUGUCCAUCCUUGGCGACCAGGUUCUAACCACGACUGCGGGUACAGAGACAGAAGCCACCUGCAUAGUUCAUGGCGCUAGACCUCCUGCAACGCUAGACUGGAUCAUUCCGGAUACUCUUCAAGUGUCGCUUGGGAAACAGGUCAAUGUGGCAAGAGAUGGUUCCUAUGUGUCAUUGCGAAAUGCCAGGGUGAAACCAUCCAGGGGUGACCAUGGAGUGAGUCUUCAUUGUCAGGUCUCGCAUCCUGAACUUCAAAGGGUUCUUGAAACUGCGGUUCGUCUUGAUGUCCACGCACCACCAACUUCUCUGGAGAUCUCCAAACCAUCAGGACCCAUCAUAGAGGACGGAAAUGGCACCCAGAAAGUCAUCGUCUUUCAGAAUACUCUGACACCAAUCACUUGCAAAAGCUCUGGAUCUCGCCCAGAAGCUAAUGUCUCGUGGACGCUUGGACCACCAAAUCCUCCCGAACUGAAUGGCACCCAUGCACUACAGGCAGGGGUACCUGCAAAAGUAACAUGUACUUCCAACAACGGAUAUCCUGCACCUCUAGUUCACUGGCUCCUUGGAUCUAAGAAUGUCACCAAAGAAUCUACACUUGAGGUCACAGCACAACCGGGUGGCCGCAUCGGAGCUACAAGUAACCUGUCUUUCACGCCGGCGCAGGACGAUCACGACAAAGCAAUUGUCUGCGUAAUCAUUCAACCGGCACUUCAUCCUACCUGGUCAAGGAAUGUUACGGAAACUCUCUAUAUAUCCUAUUCGCCCGUCAUCAUCCAAUCUCAUAUUCGGCGGCAUAUAACUUCUAAUGGAAGCGUCGUGGCAACAUUCACAUGUGUUUCUCGUGCCAGACCCCCAGCUUAUAUCUUUCAGUGGGUUUACAACGAAACAAGUUUGGACAACGGAACGCGGUAUUUGAUCGUUCACAGCUCGGCCCAAGAUGAUGAGACUGUAACUUCGAGUAUGCUGAUUAUCAGCGAUGUACAGGAGAUUGAUAAUGGCAAUUAUGAAUGCUUGGCUAACACAGAUUAUGGUGAAGGCAUUGCAGUCAUCAACUUUACAUAUUCCCACCCAGAUCCACCUUUUGGUUUCGAGGUAAACCAAAGUCAGACGACAUCGUCAUCUCUCUUCGUUGCUUGGCAACCCGGAUUCGAUGGCGGCAGCUUGCAGACAUUUACGCUCAAGUACUGUACCCAUGACAACGCAGUGAAGGACCAGGACUGUGGCAUUGUCAGCCACUUAAAUACCACCAAUCAUCAAUUAAGAGGACUGAACUCAUCCACAUGGUAUCGUUUGGUUCUCUGGGCAAUUAACGACGCUGGAAGUAGUAGUACCCAAGAAACAGUGGCAUCAACAGCACAACACAUACCUUUGGAGACAACAAAUAUGGCAGGCAGCUUCAUAGUAACAGUUGGAAUUGGAUUGUUGGCUGGUGCUUGUUUUAUCAUGAUACCUUUAAUCGUCGCUGUUCGUGUCUUUGGUGUAUCUUGCUGUUUGAAGAAAAACAAAGAUGAACCAGAAACAGAAACUCCCGGUCAACCGAUCCGUACACAAAGGGAGGACGAUGAUGAAUUAGUGUACAUCGACGUGUCGCAUGAAAACACACGUCCUCCCCAACCCAUCCGCCCUGCUCGCACCGAAGAAACCCAUACCGUCUAUGCGUCUCUGGACCAUGAUGCAACGUCCAGACGCAAGGAGGAACAGAGCAUUGCUACAACCACCACGGCAACAGUUGAGUCACAGCAAGUGGAUGACGAUGGGUUGGUUUAUAUCGCCAUCUCACAUGGCACCAGCAAUCCUCGAAAAACUGCGCCUAUUCCGAGCAGCGGAGGCACUGUCUACGCAUCCAUCAACUUCAAUGCCAUGGACAGGCUUAAGGAGACGGACGACUCACCAACCACCUCGACGAUGACGUAG